AUGACUGUUAUUAGCAUCGUGAUGUCCAACCGACACGGUCAAACCGCGAGGAAGCGGCCUCUACGGCUACCCAUUAUCGCUCCUAAGGACAUCAUCACUUCCCCGAACACCGCGCUCGAUCUUCCCGUGCCUAAGAAACCGUCUGCGAGACAACACCGUCUGCGCUUCCCACCCCGGUCCCGGACCGGUUGCUGCCACACAGUCAAGUGCGAUGAAGUCCAUCCUCAGUGCAAUCAAUGUGCUCGUCUAGGUCACAUCUGUGAUUAUCAACCCCGUCUGUGUUUCCGGGAUGAUACCCGCCGAGUGAUGGAGCGAAUGCCUGAUGUCAAAUUGAAGACCAGUGUAGUGUGGGAUUCCAGGACACGCGCCCCGACCGUCCCACUCACCUGCGAUAUGCUUCCUCCCUUCGUCAUGCUUGGUUCGGAUGAAGAGCGGGAACGAAAAGCUCAGUCAGCUGUCCCGGGGACGUAUCAUGUUGUUGCUAUUCCAGAGAGUUUCUCCCAGCUGCCAGAGUACAUGGGUGGGGCUGCAGAUGCAGAUCAAUCCACGGUCUCCCCGGGCUCGACGGUCAUUUCUGAAAGUGACCAGGUUGAGAACGACACGCGGGCCUGCGGACCAGAUGUAGUGAUUUUACAAAAAUUCCGUGACACAAGAAGGCCCCAGUACUUCCACCGAAGAAGUCCUUCGCAGUCCCCAGAAUCCGAGCCAGGCAGCUCAAUCUUGUCUGUUGCAUCAGGACCUGAACCAAUCUCCAAUUAUACAGGACCUGGUUGGCAGCAUGUUUCAGAUGAUCUCGACCUCGGGCAUUACGACUUCAUCCUCUUGAAUCAUUUCCGUCGUGUUGUCUGUGCACAAUUAUUAUGCGGUGUCGGUAUAGAUAAUGGUCAUGGCUUGACUGCUGAGCUUCUCGAGCAAGAGGCUGCCAGCUUUCCCCCGCUCUACCAUGCAUUGACAGCCAUAUCCGCACUCAGCCUUGCCCGCCAAGGCAACCAUCACAGCCUAGAUCCUUCUCAUUACUACCACCAAACGAUAUACACUUUACAAAGUAGAAUCCAGAGCAACGAAGAUCUCUUAUCAGAUGGGAGCUUCCUCUCACACUUCUUGCUACUCGUAUAUGAGGUCAUGGCUUGCAACGUCGCCAAUUCGAGCCUCUGGUCUCAUCACGUGUCCCAAUUACUUCAUAUCUCCUUACUUCGACAGUCGGCUCCCGGUGCAGAACCCUUCCCCUUUGUCGUCUGGUGGGUCUGCAACGUGGAUCUUUACGCCCUCCUCAGCGGUGCAGGUACAGGGGAGUAUGUAAGAGCCGUACUCAACCACCAGUUGCUCCUUGAUCUAAAGUCCCUCUUCCAUCCCAUCGGGCCGGAGGACUCGAGCCUACUCUAUGCCGACUAUGAUGAUAUAUCUACACUUUCGCGCCUAUACUAUGAUACCUUCAUACUAGCUAUACGCCUGGGGGUUAUUUCUGUUGAGCUAAGAAAGGCAAAGGCGCAGUUCUUUGACCCAAGGUUAAACUCACGUCAACAAGAACUUGGGCCUAUACGUGAAGCCUUGACUGGACUCUGGGAUCAUCCUGAGAUUCAGUAUAUGAUCCACAAUCAGGCCGGCCUUCCCAAGCGAUCGCACGAUAUGCUUCAGCAGAUUUCUAUCCUUUUUCACACUUGCCUCCUCUUCUCCUUUACGAGUGUAUAUCCUGGGCAACGACUUGGACCCAGUGCCGUGUCGGAGGAAAGCGUUCACCAUCACGCCACGAUGAUUAUCCAGAUGUCCUCAAUGCUUCUGAGCCGGGAUAGUCGGGGCGACAGGCCGUUCAUGGUCUUUCCUCUGUUCUUGUCAGGAGCAGUUGCUGCAUCGAGCAGUCUCAAAAUGAUGGCUCUGGAACUGCUUUCUGGACUCGAGGAGACAGACAUAAGAUCCAAUGCAGCAACGGCGUGCCAUAUCCUGCAAGUCAUUUACGAACGUCAAAUCCAGCAUUCGAGCUGUGGUGAGCAUACACUGGGGUUUAGUUGGGUCGAAGUGUUAGUAGAGCAUGGGCUGCAACUGGUCAGUUACAAAUGA